AUGGCUUUCAGAGACAUAGCUGGCAGCACUUCCGCGCACGUGGCCGCGAAGCAUGGCCACGCAGCGGUGCUGCGGUUCCUCCACGAGGCUGGCAUCAACCUCACAGUUUGGGAUGACGAGGGCACGACGCCGGCCCAUUUGGCGGCUGAAAAUGGGCACGUAGAGGCGCUGGAGGCGCUAGCCGAGGCCGGCGCCGACUUAGGCGUCAACGAGAGAUGCCCCGGCGGCGGAUUCUGUCGGCAAGAAACGCCGUUGCUUAUUGCCGCCAGAAGCGGCAACGCCGGGGCCAAUUUGGAAGCCCAAGAUAAGAACAUCGGGACCCCGGCGCACUAUGCUGCCGGUACGAACAACGUUGACAUGCUGCGGGCACUCCACCAGAUGGGUGUCAACCUCAACACGAAGGGAGGCCUUGCCCAUAACACGCCGGCCCACUACGCGGCCCAGCUGAACAAGGUGAAGGCAUUGGAAGCCCUGGCCGAGAUGCGCGUCAACCUCGAUGCCGUGGACGGUUCUCGUCACACCCCAGCCUUUGAAGCGGUCCGGAGCGGGGCGGUGGAGGCACUGGCGGUACUGGCCAAGGUGGGUGUCAACCUCGAUGCAAUGGACCAGCUUGGUAAAACGGCGGCCUUUGAAGCGGCCCGGAACGGCAACGUGGAGGCACUGGAGGUACUGGCCAAGGCCGGCGCCAACCUCAGUGCGACGGACGGCCGCCACGGUACUCCUGCCCAUGCGGCAGCCCGUUCGGGGCACGCGGAGGCGCUAAAAGUGCUCGCCCAGGCGGGAGCCAACCUGGAAACGGCGAACACCCACUUUCCAAGGGACCUGCUUACCCCGGUGCACCUGGCCGCCAUGGGAGGCAAGGUGGACGCGCUGCGCGUCCUGAUCCAGGCUGGCGUGAACCUCAAUGUCGUUGACGAGUAUGGAGACACGCCGGCCGACAAGGCUGCCGAUAACGGCCAUGAAGAGGCACUGAAGCUGCUGCUCGAGGCCGGGGGCAAACGAAAAGCCUGA